AUGGCAGUUUCGGCUUUAAAUAUGACACCAUACUUUGCUGGAUAUCCUUUUCAAGGACAAGGACGUGUUAAUCAACUUGGCGGUGUAUUUAUUAAUGGACGUCCCUUACCAAAUCACAUUCGCCGUCAAAUUGUUGAAAUGGCUGCUGCUGGUGUACGUCCAUGUGUCAUUUCUCGACAAUUGCGUGUAUCACAUGGUUGUGUUUCAAAAAUUUUAAAUCGUUAUCAAGAAACUGGAUCGAUACGACCAGGUGUCAUAGGUGGUAGCAAACCACGUGUUGCCACUCCUGAUAUAGAAGCGAAAAUUGAAGAAAUGAAGCAAAAUAAUCCUGGAAUUUUUAGUUGGGAAAUACGUGCCAAAUUAAUUGAAAAUGGCAUGUGCGAUAAAAACUCUGCACCAUCAGUUAGCUCUAUCAGUCGUCUAUUACGUGGUGGAGUACGCUCAGAAACAGGUUCAAAUGCGCAUUCUAUAGAUGGAAUACUUGGUUCUACUUCAUCUGGUGAUGAAAGUGAUGAUGAAACUGAACCAGGUGUACAACUCAAACGAAAACAACGUCGCUCUCGUACAACCUUUUCUAAUGAUCAAAUCGAUGCACUUGAACGUAUAUUUGCUCGUACACAAUAUCCAGAUGUCUAUACUCGAGAAGAAUUAGCUCAAAGUACUGGUCUAACAGAGGCGCGUGUGCAAGUUUGGUUUUCUAAUAGACGUGCACGUUUGCGCAAACAAUUGAAUACACAACAAGUUUCAUUUGGUACAACACAAUAUCACACCCCAACCAGUCAGACUAUGAGCGGUGCUGCAUUAGCACAUACACAUAAUCUUAAUUUCUAUGGCGCUGCAUCCAGCCAAACAUGGCCAACAUUAAGUGGACAGCAAUCUACUACUUCAUAUGAGCCACAUCAUACUUUUGGACGUUCGAGUGGAAAUUCUGUGUCUUCGAUGUCACCCUCCAGCACUACCAGUUCCGCUUCAUUGAGUCCAGUACAUACAAAUGCUUUAGCUGGUGUUCCACAAGUAGCCACAAAUACGUCUUCGAAAACAGCUACCAAUUGUUAUUCAUACCCUGCUAAUGGCGAAGCAAAUACUGCAAUCAACUCCUCGGCCGCCUAUACUAUGCCUACAUCAUCGACAUUUGCUAACACUGCAGCCACGUCUGCUGAACAAUUACGCACGCAAUUUGCUUCUGCCGCUGCCUCCGGUGCUCACCAUCCUUCUGUGUCAUCGUGGGAUAGCUAUAAUUUUCCCGGUCAUUUUUUCCCGACUGGAAGCAAUCAUAUGAACGGAUAUCAUCACCAGGCUGUUAUUGAAAAUAAGACCUCAGCUUCCGCUUACCCAUACUUUGGAUUCUAAAAAAUAACUAUCAUGUUAUA